GUGUUUCUGUGCAGGCAAUUGUGUGGUCAGCUGCAGUCCCAGGUCCUUCAGCUGGAGGUGACAUUCAGUCGGCCAGCAGGAACGAUUAACGAGUUAACAUGGCACAAGCUGUGCAAAAACUGGUCGCAAAGGUGCCCUCCCUGGUCGGCGCCGCUGUCACCUACUCCAAACCUCGGCUAGCAACCUUCUGGCACUACGCCCGUGUCGAGCUGGUCCCCCCGAGCCCUGCAGAGAUCCCCAAGGCCAUCGAGGGAGCCACAAAUAUCGUGAAGGCUUUUCAGUCAGGACGCCUAGGUCAAACCACAGUGAAGGAUGCUCUAAGGAACGGACUGGUGGCCACUGAAGUGAUGAUGUGGUUCUACAUUGGCGAGUGCAUCGGCAAAGGAGGCAUUGUUGGCUAUAAUGUCUGAGUUUUGGACUGUUGUGCUUUUUGUUUUCUCUUGAGCGUUGUAUGCUCAACUUCCUGUAAAAUUCCUGGGAAUCAAUAAACAGAUGUCUAUUGUUAAAA